AUGGAACAAUCUUCCUCCCAGCUCAAUGAAGAUGCAGAAGAGUGCAGCAGUAGUGAGUCUGGAUGGACCAUGUACCUUGCAUCACCCAUGCAUGAUGGUAGCAAUGGUGAUGAUGAUGAUGAUGGGGAAGUGGAUGGUACUAGUGGUGGUCAAAGCAGUGGAGAUGAUGAUGAUCAGGGUAAGGAGGAUGAUCAUGACUCCAUGGCAUCUGAUGCUUCUUCUGGCACACCAUGUAAGCAGUGGAAUGAUGAUGAUGGUAUGUGUCAUGUCAACCAUGGUACUAAUGCAUGUCGUGAUGAUGGUGGUGAUGUUGUGAAGGAGAAAAACAGCCAGUGCUCUUCAAGGUAUCCAGGGAAGGAGAAGGCAGCAACAUUGUCAAAUCCUUCUGAUAAAAAGGAAGAGAAUGGUGAUUCUAUUUCCAUCCGUAGUAGCUCCAAGAUGAGAAGGAUCAAGUCCUGCAGUGAGAAGUGA